AUGAAACUUUUGCCUACAAUAUUUGCCCUUGUGGCAUUGUCUUCUGCCGAUACAUUGCAGUUUGAACCGCUGAGCGACGAAGAGAUUUUUUACAUCAAUAACUUAUCAGGGGCUAACUGGAAGGCUGGCAGGAACUUCUACCCACACGAGCUGGAGAGAGUCAAGAGAAUGUUGGGUGUUAACCUCACGGAAAACAGGGAAUACAACAGGAAACAUCUCAACUUCAAGAAAAUACAAGUGAGAGACUUACCUGACAACUUCGAUCCCAGGACUAAAUGGACCGACUGCCCCAGUCUCAGUGAAAUCAGGGAUCAGUCUCAUUGUGGCGACUGCUGGGUUUUUGGAGUUGUUGAAGCCAUCACAGACAGGAUCUGUAUCAAAGGUGGAGGCCAGGUCCAUAUCUCGGCAGAAGAUGUAACUGACUGUUGCCCACAGUGUGGAUCAGGAUGCUUUGGAGGCAAUCCUACUCUGGUGUAUGACUGGUAUGUUACCGAAGGCAUCGUGACUGGUGGCCAGUAUGGAUCAGACGAGGGAUGCAAGCCGUAUUCGUUUCCUCACUGUGACCAUUUCGUACAGGGAAAAUACCCCCCAUGUGGUCCGUAUCAACCAACACCGACCUGCCAGUUGGCCUGCAGAAGUGGCUACGACAAAUCUUACGCUGAAGACAAGAGGAAAG